AAAGGAAGGGCCAAGGAUAAAGGAAAACAAACAUCAAAAGAAUCUGUGAUUACAUCAAGGUUUGAGAAAGCCCCUUGUCUAACUUCUUGUCCUCUGCAAAUGAAUAAUGACAGCACUUCAAGUGGAACAGAUCAGGAUGAAGGAAGAUCUUCAAAGAAAACAUCUAGUGACAAGGAAGAGGUCAAAAAACAAAUUGAUUCUAUGGAUGACUUCGGUGUCUUAACUCUGUCAUCUGAAACAGUUUUGGAGGGUUUCCACAUGCCUGACUCUAAUCAUAUGAUUUGCAUGUCGCUAAUUGAACAGCAUGCCAUGGAUUGUAAAGAUUAACUUUAAAACAAGAAAAACAAAAAAGAAGAAACGCUGAAAUGUUAUAUGAAAAGAUUCAGGAGCAACUAACAAAAAGAGAAGAGCAGUAUAAGAAAGAAGUUGAAAUAAAACAAGAACUUGAUUUUAAGCUUAGAGCACUAGAUGCAGAAUUGAGGACUGUAAGAAAUAAUUUC